CCUCAAGUGAUCCACCCGCCUCAGCCUCCCAAAGUGCUGGGAUUGCAGGUGUGAGUCACCGCACCCGGCCAACUCCUCUUUUUUAUAAUCUGGAGUUACUAACAAACUAAUUUGAUAAAUGACUGUAUACAGUAGAAUCUAAAUGUUAUGUAUACUGAUCAACCUCUGACUAAUUGAACUUGUAAAUUAAGCCAUCAUUCUUGAUGAUGUUGGUUUCUUUUAUGACAGAUGAGUAAAAAAUUAUUUUUGUGUGAAGGCCUAUUGCCUUUUUAUUUUUGUAUACACUUUGCCUAGCACUUGAUAGUUCCUUAUUAGUGGGUUCUGAAUGAAUGAAUGAUAGUCUUAACGUCUUCCAGGUUUUUAUGACUCUUUGAUAAUUACAGUGCAUUAUCCUUCUAUUUUUUUUGUACCUAGCAGUAUCUGUUGUUUGUCAUUAGGAACCUGACAACAGGCCCCUGGAUGUGUUUGUAUGUGGCUUUUAUUCCUUGCUUAGAGUUGGGCCAUCUUACUAACAUCAGUUGGGUGCUAGAGAAAUGAUCACAUCCCACUGUAUCUGCAUUAUUUUUUCUUAUUAUAUUAUAAUGGUAAUGUCACACCAGGUUUAGAGAAUUUACUUUGUAAUCCUCAGUGAUAGACUCCAUGUUUAGUCUAGUAAAAGGUACGGAUGUAGAUAGAUAUGUACCUACACAUAAAGAGAGUAUCUGUUUUCUUGCGCAAUGACCAUUUUAGGAUCUACCUCUGUAUCUAACAAAACUACCAGAUUUUAUGAAAUUAUCUCAGUUAUUAAAAGUCAUCCUCUGAACUUUGGAUUUUCUUCAGUUCUCUCCCAGCAUUUAGAUUACUUUCUCUUUUGAGUAAAUACUAAUUUUUAAAAAUCAUUUUUAAAAUUCUGGUGACUGAGUAUAUGAGCCUUUUCUGCACAUGUUGGCCUCUAGGACAGCCUUUUUAUGCAUCUUUGUCUUCCUGUUCUAAGGUCUUUGCUGAAAGCUUUCCACUUCCCCUUGGCAGUGCUUUUUAAUGGGUGUAUCCCUCUUCUGUCAUUUAUUGUUUAGUUGUGUAAAAUGCUUAUGUUUCAUCCUGAAGAAUAGGUUGGGAAGGAGAUGACACAUUGUGAGUGUCUUGCCCAGACAUAUGAUCUGUUUGUCAAGCAGUAUAGUUACAAAUGAGCUGUGGGUUAAAUUCUAGUGAGUGGCAGCUUUGGUUUUCAAGAUUUUACUUUAUGUCUUAGUCUGUUUACACUACGGAAAUGUGUUGCUUUUUGUUUUUGAGACAGCAUCAGUGAGACCUCACUGAUAAUUAGAAAUUUGUUUUAAGCGUCAGAUAGAAAUAAGCAAAAUGGCAUUCUUUAUAUGUGGCAAUUGACGUAGCAGACUAGGAGUGAAGGAGAAAUUAAAAGAAAAAAAAGAUGUUAGCUGGAUUUUUUUAAAAUGGGGAGACAGAUCAUUCUUAUUUUUGUUAAAUAUUUAAAUUUUAAAAAUCACUUCAGUGUGAAACAAUUUUUAAACAAGAAUAAUUGAAAUGACGAGAGGCAAGAGACUGAGGAAUGAUUUAAGAAUAAUUGUGGGUGUUUAAGAAGAGAGCCUUCUUCCUCUCAUUGUGAUCUCCCUUUGGUGAAAAUGGUAAAACAAAGGCCAGCAAAUUUAGGAGGAAGCAGGAAAUCCUAGUUAGUGGCUGUCAGUUGAAUAUUUAAGAGCAAUGAAAAUACUUCUGUUAGGUUUUAAUGCUUUUUUCCCCCAAAAUUGUUUUGGUUUUGCUUUUUUUAUUUCUUUCAGAAAGUCAUGAUUUUUCAUCUAUUUCCUACUCCGCUCUGCUAUAUGAAAUAUGGGAGACGACAGACCGUUUGUGUGCAAUGCCCCAGGCUGUGGACAGAGAUUUACAAACGAGGACCACCUGGCAGUUCAUAAACACAAGCAUGAGAUGACAUUGAAAUUUGGCCCAGCUCGAACUGAUUCAGUCAUCAUUGCAGAUCAAACUCCUACUCCAACUAGAUUCCUGAAGAACUGUGAGGAAGUGGGACUCUUCAAUGAACUAGCUAGCUCCUUUGAACAUGAAUUCAAGAAAGCUGCAGAUGAGGAUGAGAAAAAGGCAAGAAGCAGGACUGUUGGCAAAAAACUGGUGGCUGCUGCUGGGCCCCUUGACAUGUCUCUACCUUCCACACCAGACAUCAAAAUCAAAGAAGAAGAGCCAGUGGAGGUAGACUCAUCCCCACCUGAUAGCCCUGCCUCUAGCCCUUGUUCCCCACCACUGAAGGAGAAGGAGGUUGCCCCAAAGCCUGUUGUGAUCUCUACCCCCACGCCCACCAUUGUACGUCCUGGCUCCCUGCCUCUCCACUUGGGCUAUGAUCCACUUCAUCCAACCCUUCCCUCCCCAACCUCUGUCAUCACACAGGCUCCACCCUCCAACAGGCAAAUGGGGUCUCCCACUGGCUCCCUCCCUCUUGUCAUGCAUCUUGCUAAUGGACAGACCAUGCCUGUGCUGCCAGGGCCUCCAGUACAGAUGCCGUCUGUUAUAUCGCUGGCCAGACCUGUGUCCAUGGUGCCCAACAUUCCUGGUAUCCCUGGCCCACCAGUUAACAGCAGUGGCUCCAUUUCUCCCUCUGGCCACCCUAUACCAUCAGAAGCCAAGAUGAGACUAAAAGCCACCCUAACUCACCAAGUCUCCUCAAUCAAUGGUGGUUGUGGAAUGGUGGUGGGAACUGCCAGCACCAUGGUGACAACCCGCCCAGACCAGAGCCAGAUCCUCAUCCAACACCCUGAUGCCCCAUCCCCUGCCCAGCCACAGGUCUCACCAGCCCAGCCCACCCCUAGUACUGGGGGGCGACGGCGGCGCACAGUAGAUGAAGAUCCAGAUGAGCGACGGCAGCGCUUUCUGGAGCGCAACCGGGCUGCAGCCUCCCGCUGCCGCCAAAAGCGAAAGCUGUGGGUGUCCUCCCUCGAGAAGAAGGCCGAAGAACUCACUUCGCAGAACAUUCAACUGAGUAAUGAAGUUACAUUACUACGCAACGAGGUGGCUCAGUUGAAACAGCUACUGUUAGCUCAUAAAGACUGCCCGGUCACUGCACUACAGAAAAAGACUCAAGGCUAUUUAGAAAGCCCCAAGGAAAGCUCAGAGCCAACGGGUUCUCCAGCCCCUGUGAUUCAGCACAGCUCAGCAACAGCCCCUAGCAAUGGCCUCAGUGUUCGCUCUGCAGCUGAAGCUGUGGCCACCUCAGUCCUCACUCAGAUGGCCAGCCAAAGGACAGAACUGAGCAUGCCGAUACAAUCGCAUGUGAUCAUGACCCCACAGUCCCAGUCUGCGGGCAGAUGAUGCCUCCUCUGGUGAAGAGGUUCCCAGCCAGAGCUCGCCACCCAAGAGCCAAGAGAAAUGUCAUCUUACGCCCUCCCAUCUGCCUUGGACAUGGCAAUAUGCGGUGGGGGGGAAUUGUGUGUUGUGAGUAAUGGACAGAUAUGGGGCUUUUUAGGCUUUUUAGCCACAUGGUCAUGUAUGUUUGACACCUGUACUGGGGGCCUCCCAGCCCCAGAGCCUCAUAGAUCAUCCCCAAGGGUGGGGUUUCUGAUGCACCCACAGCCAAAGGCCUUUCCAGACGGUCCGAACAAUCACCCCUGCCCCAUGCACGUGUAUCUGUCUCUUUUAACACUAACCCUUGGCACUUCUAGGUUUGGGGUUUCUCAGCUCCCUCUUUUCCCACUAAGCCGUGGCUGUUACCUUUUUGUUCCUUACCAGCAUGCCACUUCCUGCCAGAUAGAGGGAGGCUAGAUUUGAUGGCAUAUCACCCGCUGACCCAGCCCCAGCCACCCAGUGGACUCAGGACUCUGUCUCCCACUGCUGCUUCUUUACCCAUUUCCUUUUUCCCUUCCUUAAUUCUAGUUAAAACAUUUACUUAUGGAGAAUGUGAGGUUACCUUUGAUGUAUGAAGCAGCAGUAUUUUCCAGUUCUUCCAUAAGCUUUAUUCCUUCUCCCUACUUGCCACCAAAAAAAAAAAAAGCAAAAAGAAAAAAACCCUCAAGAAUUCUAAUUCUUUUUCAUCUAUUUCCAGAGCUAUUUGGGUACCUCAUUUUGUCACUUGACUUUAUCUAGUGUAGUGGUGAGGUCUUUACCACCACCCCACUAGUCCUUGGCAACCUCAUUUUGUGGCCUUAUUAUUAAAGAUUGCUUGGUAGUGAAAAGGGAAGGGCCCAGGAUCUGACUGGCCGAUUCUAUCUCCUCCCCUCCCUCUCCCUUCAGUUUUAAUCAUCAGGGCAGACAGGAACAAAGCAGUUCAAGGCUUGUUCCAUCAGGUUAGGGAUUAAUUGAUUCCUUUAUGUUUUAUAAGAGUUUACCAGCCAAAGCGUACAUAUUGUUAUCUUUUGUCAUCUUUCUGCUCCUGCCUCUGCCUCUUCAUUCCCAUCAGCAUUACCGCCUCUGCCUCUCUUCUGUAACUACUUCAGACACAGCCCUCCUGGAGGCUGUCAUGUAGAGGACUUGUACCCCAUGUCUCCCCCUCAUACAUCUGUCUUCUUUUCUGAACUAGAGUCUUCUGUUCACAAGUGCCCGUCACCAUCUGGACUACCUUCUUUCUCUUUCACCAGGUUCCUAGCUGAGCCACUAGGUCUUCCAGAUCCUCUAGAGUUUCUUCAACCCAUUUCUGCUCUCUUCCCCUACGUGCAAUGCUCCAGGAUCUUGAAGCAUCAUAGCCAAGGUCCUGAGUGGAUUGACUUGAGUAUAAGAUUGAAAGGAGGGAUGAAGGGAAGAGGGAAAGUACAGAACUGUUCCCAGCAAAGAACCCCAGAGUCUGGCCUGGGAAAUUGGUGACUAUUGCUUUCAGCCAUUCUUACUUUGAAGAGUUGGGUUGCAGGGGGAGCAGUUCAUCCCUCUUGUCCCUCUUUCUUCCACGUGAAAGCUUCUCAUCUCCCCUUGGCUCUGAACUCUGCAGUUUCCACCAGGACCGUAGGAAGCAAUUCAGAGCCAGAGGCCUGUGGAUAGACAGGUCAGCUUUAAUAGCCUCUCCAUGUGAAACCCUUCCAGUUGUCCCAGAGCCACCUUCUGCCAUCUGUGCAAGCCAAGAAUGUCCUUCUCGCCAUCUUUCCUACCUCCAUCUUAAACGUACGUACAAAAUGACUGCCAGCUUCCUUUCUUAUUUUGUCUCCAAAAUUGACUGUCACAGGGGAAUGAGAAAACGUUCUAAGCCACAAGAUUCCCAUAUCCUUAAAGUGAUAUCCUAUCCUAGUGAACCAGUCAGGUAACAUGUUCUGCUGCGUUUGUUUUAAAUUUCCCCUCCUGCUUUUCAGGGCUGGUGCUGAACAGGCCACACCCCUAAAGACAAAGGAGAGAAAACAUGGUUUUCUCAUCCUCUACCACCAGGUACCUAACUGGAAUAGCCCCUGAAGUGACUCAGACUAGCAAAUGUUAUGACAGAUGGUCAGGAUGCAGGUUUCCACCUCCAGGGACUUCACUUUUGCCUUUAAAAAUUCACAGCCAUAACUUGUGCUCAGGACUUCUUUGGAUGGCUGCUCCCUGGGAUUUUUCUCCUGCUUUAGAGUUUUGUUUCAUCUUUUUAUUGUCUUGAUUUCCCAGUAGCAGCCUUGCUCUACGGCUUGACUGAGUUUAUGGCUCCUAAGGAGCUUUCCUAAGACUCUUGACUAUUUUUCUCCCCCUUCAGUCAAGUGUUUUUAAAGUUAAGAAUCAGUUUGUCACUGCAUACAUGCCCUGCCAGUCUGUCCCUAUGUUGAGUGGCUAAUUUAUGUGAGGGUCUUUUUUAGUUCUUAGCCCCCGUGACUAACUUCAUUUUCUAGUCCUAACUUCAUUUUUAUCAGUGGGAAGUUUGCAUAUGGGACCUAAACAAGGAGCAAUGUCAGAACCACAAUAACGAAACAGUAACGAAAUGGCACUAAAAUAAGGAAGCAGCAGGUCAGAGUCCCGACAUAGCUCUUGAGUUGGUUCUCCGUCUCACUAAGGAGGCGGAACAAUUGCUUACCCUGAAGCUUCCCUGAUAGUCAAAGGUGAAGUCACUCGCCUUGUUAUUGCUACCAGCCAUGUGAUCACUCCCCCAAUCUUUGUCUUCCAGACUCAUCUGGACCAGAACCAAACAUCAUGGAAGGUGUCACUUGGCCCUUCCUAAGGUCCAUGGCCUUUCUAGAGGCCUAAGAGAGGACACGUUCGGAAAGGAGCUGAAUGUAUGGUGGGUGUCCUGAAUUCAGUGAAUACAGGACUCAGGCUUCCCACCCACUCCAGUGUGAGUGCCAGAUACAUAAUAAGCACCCUAGCUAGCUGCCACGUACCCAAGGCCACAGAGGAAGGGGCCAGAACCAGGUCCUCUGGUCUGCUCACUCUCUGGCCCAUUCCCCUAACAGAAAGCUUGCUUAGAGUUGAAAAGUCUGAGAAAGCCUCCCACACUACUAGAGAGGCCGAAAAAAAGUCAUACCCCCUUUACUUACUCUUUUUGCUGCUGGUUAUGCACCCCAAAUCUGACUUCCUAAGCCUUCACCUCUCUCCUUGGCCCUAAGCUUAGACCAUGUACUUCAAGUAGUGGUGAAGAGGGACUGGGCUAACUGAACCUCAUCUCGUUCACUCCGCUCUCCCUGUUCUGUUCCUUUUCUGUUGUUGUUUUACAUAUGACCUCUGUCACAUGUUCUGUUCCUUUCUUGAUUCACUGCUUUCUGGCACCACCCAUCCUGGUAGAUGGAGUCUUGACCCCAACUGUGCACUAUGUACAGCCUGAACCACCAGACACCAAAAAAUUAUUCCUGAGGUUUCUGGGGCUCCCCUGCUCCACACUGAGAGGCUCCUAAAGGUGCUAGCCCCCGAGACAGCUGUCCCCGCCAGUUUUCUCCUUUUUUCAUCAGCUCCUUCCCAUCCCCAAAUCAUUAGUUUUCCAUUAAUGCUGUACAUUGUAUACACAGGAAAGAAAUGGUAUUUCUUUUUUUUAAUUUCAUAACCAGUCUCUUUAGAUUCCAGUCUUCCUAACUAUAUCACAUAUGCCCUUUCUGCUUUCUUUACACUUACAUUUGACGGGGGUGAGGGCGUCUGGAAGAACAGGAAAGGUAAGUAUUCUAAAGCAGAUGAAAGGACCCCCUCCACCCCACUACAGCCUCCCAUGCCUCUAGUCAUCCCUCUUAUAGUACAGGACUGAUUUCUCUCUGUGUCUGUCUGUACCCACAAAUGUGCAUAUAGACAUAAAUUCCCCCAGUCCAUACCAAGGUGACGACCCAGUAGGAAUGAGCAUAGGCAGCUGCUGGCCGCCGUUACCACCCUCCACACCAAUUGAGUUGUCUCUCUUUGGGGUGAAGUCCAACCCCAGAAUGAGAAAAGGCUGGGGAGAGUAUGGCAGGUUCCAGCAGCUUAUGUCCUUUGUAGAUGCAGGUUUGUAUCAUAGCUACCAGGGCUUAUUUUUUUAAUAGGGGGCUAAUAGCACAGAGAUAACUCAUCAGCAGUAGCUACUGGUGAGUGAUGUUUUAUCUGUAAGAAGUGGCUAUGAGCAAUAGUUUCACUGACUUGACCUUAGGGCAGUGGUCCCAGAAUAUGGUCCAGGACCAGCAGCAUCAGUGCCACAAUCAUCUGGGAACUUGUUAAAAAUACACAUUCUCUUGCCCCAUCUCAGACCUAUUGAAUCACACACUCUGAGGGCAGGAUUUGCACUCCCAGUGAUUCUAAUGCACACUGAAAGUUAAGAACCUUUUUUUUUUUUUUUUUUUUAAAUGGGGUUUCACCAUGUUGGUCAGGCUGGUCUUGAACUCCCGACCUCAGGUGAUCCGCCCGUCUUGGCCUCCAAAGUGCUUGGAUUACAGGCGUGAGCCACCAUGCCCGGCCAAGAGCCAUUUCUUAGGGAUAAGCUGGGAAAUUCUUACAGGUGUGGAGGAUAUUUCGAAUACAUCUUUUGCCUUUGCACUAACAUUCUUCCAUUUCUUUCAGCCUCUUCCUCCAUUCCCAUUAAAACAAUCACCAUUAUAUCAGUGAUCUCAAAAUCCAGAUUUAUCUUCUUUCUAUUCGUAUCCUUAAAGCCAUGCAUUGGUCUGGACAGGAGUUGUCCCAUGUUUCCUUACAGACUGGUCACUCCGUGCUCUCUGUUACAGUAAGGACCAGCCAGAGCUUCAGCUGUCCCGUUCCUCCCCCACAGCACACACAUCUGUCAGGCAGGGAGGAGAUGAACCCCGAGCCCCAAGAGUGGAGGCUGCCGCAUCCUAACAUAGCAUCUAUUGAAAAGGAAGCAGUGUGUAUCUAUGAUUAUAUCUCUGUUCAGCUAUAUAUUUUUGACAUGUGGCAACACCUCUCCAUCUUAUCAAGGAACUCAACUCGGUCUGGGUCUCCCCAGUGCCCAGUGGUGGCCUUUGACAGGUAGGAGGAUGCAGUGCUACAGGCUAUUUUAUUUUUUGUUACAAAACUGUCGUUUCCCUUUUCCCCUCCACCUGAUUCAGCAUGAUCCCUGUGAGCUGGUUCUCACAAUCUCCCGGGAUGGGGCUGAGGCAGGGGCUUCGCUCUAUUUCACCCUAACUACCAUCUUCCUUUCCCCCUUGCCACUUAGCAGUUAUCCCCCAGCCAUGCCUUCUCCCUCCCCCCCUUGCCCUGGCAUAUGUCGUGCCUUAUUUAUGCUGCAAAUAUAACAUUAAACUAUCAAGUGAACCAC